AUGGCAUUCUCGCAAUGGUUCUUUGAGGACGAGAAGCUUCAGAUCACAGUUGAAACGAAAGCAUGCCCUGUUCAGGAUAACACUAGCGACUGCGGUCGUUUGGCCCAGCUCUCGGAUGCAGUCCUCCCCGACCUCGUCGGCGACCCUUUGGAGCAGUCUGUGGCGCUGCAAAAGAAGAUUUGGGAUUGUUCUGCGAAGUUGUUGGCGCUUCUGUCGCACUUGGACCCCUCCCAAACCUGCUAG